AUGCAGCGACUGACACUCAGACGACGUUUAUCUUAUAAUACCAAUUCCAACAGGAGACAAAAGGUCAAGACCCCUGGUGGUAAAUUAGUUUACAUUUACCAAAAGAAACGCGGAACUUUCCCCAAAUGUGGGGACUGUAAAUGCAAAUUGGCUGGUAUUAAGCCAUCUCGUCCCAUGGACCGCACUCGCAUGUCCAAGCGUCUUAAGACCGUUUCGCGUACCUAUGGUGGCAGUCGUUGCCAUGCCUGUGUUCGUUCAAGGAUUUUACGUGCUUUCCUCAUGGAGGAGCAAAAGGUCCUUAAACAAAUCAUCCGCGAGAAGAGGAAGGAUCGAAUCCAACAAGCCAUUGAGAAGCGGAAGGCUGCUGCUAAAGCUGCAAAGGCCAGCGCUAAGGUUGAGAAGAAGCCAGCUGCUAAAAUUGCCGGUAAAUCCGCUAAGAAAUCUGGGCCUAAGGCCAAGUAA